AUGGCAGCCAAUGAAAGCAACCAAAGCUUCAAGCUAGAAAACCUAUUCAAUGUGAAGGACAAAGUGGCCCUCGUCACAGGCGGCGGUUCAGGGAUAGGCCUAAUGGCCGCGCAAGCAUUAGCCGUGAACGGCGCCAAAGUCUACAUAACCGGACGCACAGGACAGAAACUCGACCGUGUCGCCAAUCUCUACAACAACGCCGAGAACGAAAUAAGCGGCAAGAUAAUCGCGCUCCCAGGCGACGUAACCAAAAAAGACGAGAUCCGCAAGCUAGCCUCCGAGAUCUCCACGCGGGAAGGCCACCUCUCAAUCUUAAUGAACAACGCCGGAAUAUCCAGCCAUACGCAAGAAACCGAGAGCGAAGAUACCUCCGAGCUCCGUGAAAGCCUCUUCGAGGACCCAGCCGCGACAUUCGAGGAAUGGGACUCGGUGUUCCGCACGAACGUCUCGCAGCUCUUCUUCAUGACAACGGCUUUCCUGCCGCUGCUGCAGCGCGGCUCGGAGGUCGAGCAUGGUUGGUCUAGCACUGUGCUCAACACGACUUCUAUCUCGGGGAUUGUGAAGGUUGCGCAGCAUCAUUUUGCGUAUAAUGCUUCCAAGGCGGCGGCGAUUCAUUUGACCAAGAUGCUUGCGCAGGAGGUUAGCUCGUCUAAGCUGACUAGUGAUGGGAUGCAGAAGAGUUACAUCCCGGCGGAGAAGUAUCGGAAGAAGGUUCCUGCUGGUAGGCCUGGGAAGGAUGAGGAUAUGGCUAGUGCUGUGCUUUUUGCGGUUUGCAACCAGUACUUGAAUGGGCAGACGGUUGUGGUUGAUGGGGGGUAUGUUCUUGCUGCUGGGACUGUUUGA